AUGAUAAGAGCAGCUAUGGUGAGAGAGAAGGAAGACCACAAAACUCACCUACAUCGAGUCGCAUCCUCAAAUUUACCCGUUGUACCUCGAAAGUCUUGGGAAUAUUAUGUCGCGAUUUUACAACCAGGAAUCGCUUUGGAGAAAUGUGAACAUGGAGAUUUUUUGUGGAUUAAGGUCAAGGGGAGAACCGGCCGAAAUUCUAUUCUCAUGGAUGGCGACAUCGGAUUGUCAAUUGAUACCAAAAUCGAGGAUAUAAAAUGCUUAGGGCUUGGCGUUUAUGCAUUUUGGGAGAUUGUCAAGGUUGAGAAAUGGUGGGAGUAUACAGUUUCAUCGACAUCGACAUAUGCUGACGAAAGGAUGAGGUCGACGAAGGAAGAGAAACAUGGGAGAUUGUUGGAAAAUACGGUUCGUUCAACUAUGGCAUAUGAGGAAACGGGUUUAAUUAAUUCCAGUGAACUCUUUCAGGAUACAUCGAUCAAACAUCAUUCGAUUGAUAAGAAAGAGGAAUCUGGAGGCUUAUUAAAGUUGACAGUUGCUUCCACCAUGUCAGCAUAUGAAGAAAUGAGUGGGGAUUAA